AUGGUGGCCCACAGCGCAGAAACGGUCAGGGAUCAGGUGAACGCCGCCUUGUUGAUCGUGAGGUCGGUGAUCGAUGGUGAGUCCUUGAACCAGGCUGGCAUGCAGAAGGCGUCGGCCUUCCACAAGCAGGUGUAUCAGAAAUGCGAGAUGUUCAUGGUUCACGACAAUGGAGAUACCUGCCUCGUGGACGGGCGCAAGGUGAUGUAUUUGUACGGUGCAGACGCCAUGAAGGCUCGCCUCAUGUCCUUGAGUAGCGACAUUGAGAAGGGUGCGGUCGACCUGACCUCGUUGAAGGUUUUUCGGCAGUUCAGGUGGCUUUUGACGCCUCAGGAGGACCUGGUGGUGAAGAGGUGCGUCACGGAGGAGCGCAGGAAGAGGCAGAACAUCCUCGAGAAGGGGAUGAUCAUGGACGCGCCUUUGGGCAAGCACGAGGACUGCGUCAAGGGCGCCGCGGCCCCGACGCAGACGGCGGGCGCCGCCGUCGAGCCCGAGAAUACACGAAGGCCCCCGCUGCGUCGAGCGCCGCCGCGCCGGCAGAGGUGGCUCCGCCUAAGGGCGGUGCCGACGCCAGCACCUGCCCCGCGCCGCCGUCGGCCUCUGGCGCGGCGCCACCUGCCUCGAGCGAGCAGCCGCCGCCUAAGAAGGCUAAAAUGGGUGCUAAUGGUAAAGCACCGGCGCCCACUGUCGAAGAGAAGCUGGCGCUUUUCAUGCCAAAGGGCAAGAAGGGCACCAAGGCGUAGGCACUUUUCUGGACCUUCUCACGGGGACCAAGCCGCCCGCCCUUGA